AUGGAGGUUCUCCUCGGGGGCAUAGGAGACCAGCGCACUACCGAGUUCACAAUUUUGAAGGUUCGAUCGAAACCUUCCUAUCCACUGUUGGAGGACCUCAACUCAACGCUGUCGAAAGAGAUCAUGGCGAACACGUCUCUGCUGCUCGACAGUCUACUUUCCGAGGAAAACUAUGACCGAAGGAUCCGACCGGGAUUCGGAGGAAACGCAACCAAAAUAAUAACGGAUGUCGAAAUUCGAAGUUUCGGGCCGGUCUCCGAAAACGACAUGAUGUACUCGAUGGAUUGCUAUUUUCGACAGUCAUGGCGUGAUGAGAGGUUGAAGUUCGAGGGCUCCCUGAAAAAGCUUUCGGUGAGUUGGCAGUUUCUCGAAAGAAUAUGGACGCCCGACACCUACAUCAACAACGGAAAGUCUUCGUAUCUGCACAAAGUAUCCGUGCCCAACAAGUUUGUUCGAUUACACGGUGACGGUACCUUAAAGUAUUCUAUGAGAUUGACGAUUCGAGCGAAAUGUCCGAUGCAUCUGAGGAAAUAUCCUCUUGAUACUCAAGCCUGCCCGCUGGAGAUCGGCAGCUAUGCCUACUCACCGAAAGACGUGGUGUUCCAUUGGAACGGGAAGGCUCCCGUGGUGAUCUCGAAAGAUGUGACCCUGUCCCAGUACGAGUUUGUCGACAUUCUCAGCAACAACCUCACGGUUGAAUUACCGAACGGAGAGACACGGUCUACACUAGUGACACGGUUUAUACUCCGCCGUCGACGUGGCUACUUUAUACUCCAGAUUUACGCGCCCUGCUCCAUGAUCGUGGGAGCAUCCUGGGUUGCGUUCUGGAUCAAUCGUAACGACGCUGCUGGUCGGGUUGCCGUAGGUGCCACCACGGUGCUUACUUUAGUGACGAUGGGUUUUGGAGGCCGAGCAUCGUUACCUAAGGUAAACUACGCCACGGCUCUCGACUGGUUUGUGGUGAUGUGUUUCUCAUUUGUGUUCGCAGCCAUGGUCGAGUACGCUUGUGUCAACUACAUUGAAAGGUAUAUGGCGAUGAGGCAACGAAAACAGCUGGAAGCACGAACAAAAUACGAGACCAGACAUGAACAAGUCCGCCUUCAGCUCGAGAAGGAGUUCCGCGAGAAUGGAAGAGACCCCAACUCUGUGAGGCUCGAUCUGAUCCGGCUCCGUCUCGAAAAAGAGGCAGAACGCGAAGAGGAAGCUGACUGUGAGGACGUUGGUUUCUUGGCUGAUUUCAGAGCCUAUUGUCGGAGGAGGCGCCGUCACAAGUACAUUCGAAUCGCGACUCAACCCGAGCGUGAGGAUGCACUUACCCCCCACGAAAUCUCCGGGGAGGUCGAUGCAUGGGCGCGGAUUAUAUUCCCCUCAACAUUCUUCCUCUUCAUGUUGUGUUAUUGGAUCUUAUUCCUGUAUCUGGUCGACGACGAGAUCGACUACUCGAAUCCUAUCGGCGGAAUGACACUUGGAGUGCCGUUGCACGUCAACAACAGCAAUCGGAGCGACUCGAACCUUUGA